AUGACACGGGCAGCCAAGAACCGAUACUACGGUCACAUCCAGCUUGAGAUGAAGCGCUUUAUGCACGAGCUCUCUCAAACUCCACACGACUUCUUCACCCUUACCCACCUCUUCUGCGCCAGAAUCAGCUCUCGCCUCGCGUACGACACCGCCGAUCGCGCAGUAGAGCACAUGACUAACGCCGGCGACUUCAUCUCCCAACUCGGCCCCUCUGGACCCAUACCAAACCUCAUGCCGUUUCUGAGAUACUUUCCUGAGUGGAUGGCGCCGGGUCAGCGUGGAGUACGGGAACGUCGAGAAAGAGAAGCAGCCUUGUGGAAAGAUGUGUUCGAGGUGGCAAAAGCAUCGAAAGAUCCAUCGGACUACACCACCGCGAGCUUAGCUACCAAAGCUAUUGGCUCCGAUACCGACCUUCUUUUCGCCGAUGAGGAAGAGGCCAUCGCUGCAGUCGGCAUGCUCUGCACUGUCGCGAUCUAUACUAUUGGCGGACCGGCGACGCUGUUCGUCAUGGCUAUGAUUCUGCAUCCGGAAUGGCAGGAGAAAGUACGCCAGCAGAUCGAUGAGGUAGUUGGGAAGGAUGAGAUGGUGGACUUGAAGCACAGUCCCCAGUUACCGAUCUUGAGGGCAGCUAUCAAGGAAUGUGUGAGAUGGAAGAGUACUGUUCCACUCGGCGUCCCUCGCCUACUCUCGAAGAACUACACCCACUCCGGCUACCACUUUCCCCGCGGCGCUGUCGUCCACGUCCUCGACAUUGCCAUGUCUCAAAACCCCACCACCUACUCCUCUUCCCCUCCCUCCGUCUACGACCCCUCCCGCUGGCUCGACCCCUCGUCCCCCAAUUUCAAGUCUCCACUUACCGAACAUCCACGCCUGAAGGGCCAUCAUAUCUUUGGGAGGGGCAAGAGAGUAUGUCCUGGCCAGGACCUUGCGGAGGCAGAAUUGUUGGUAUUCUGUGGGAAUUUGGUCAAGAAUUUCGAUCUUGGGAAGAAAGACGGAAUAGAGAUUGGGCCGGACCAAUGGACACCGCAUGUCAUCGGGGGACCCUUGCCGUUCCCCUGCGAGAUCAAGGCGAGAGAUGGUGAGAGGGCAGGAGUGGUUGGGAAGUGGUGGGAAGAUGUUAAAGGGCAGAUGGAGGCGUGA